AUGAUUGAGGCACGGGCAGCCAAAAAGCCGAAGCCGCCCAAUGCGCGCCAGCUCAUGAACGAAUGGAAUUUGAAGGUCUAUGCUGCCGUUCUCUGUGUGGUCAUUGCCGUCUUCAUUCUUUAUCACUGGAUUAGGUCGAUCAACAGGAAACUUACGUCCUCACCUAAAGCAUGGCAACGCUUGUCUGGUGUGUCUAUUGUCGUCAAAGCAUCUCGGCAAAUCCGGAGCUUGCUAAUCCGAAAGGUUCCCGGGUUUCCGUCGGGCGGCCAUGCGUUCUUGGCGAUCGCCUUCGUCGGCGUCAAUAUCGUCAUGUGCUUUCACCACGUGGAUAGGGCCAAGACCAGCAACUUCGCUGCACGAUUUGGAUGGAUGUCGACCGCCAACAUGGCCCUGUGCGUGUUUUUCGGGCUGAAGAACACUCCGUUGGGGAUCCUGUCCGGCCACUCCUACGAGCGCCUGAACUAUUUCCACCGACUCGCUGGGUAUGCCGCAAUUCUCCAGCUAGUACUCCAUGGUAUUUUCUACAUGAUAUACUAUGGCAACCAGAACCGCUGGAGCACGUUGCUGGAGGACCAGAACUGGGAGGGCAUUGCGGCCGGCGUGGCCAUGAUUGUGUUACUUCUUGGCAUGGCUAGGAACCUGGGCUACGAGGCGUUCUACAUCAGCCACCUCCUGGGAUUCCUCCUAGCCAUCAUUUUCACAGCCCUCCACAGGCCCUACUGGAUCUGGAAGAUCCCUGUGGCAAUGCUCUUUGCCGGAGCAAUCUGGGCGCUUGAUCGUCUCAUUAGGGGGUCGAGGAUGCUGUACAACAUGGUCAACAACAGCGCCAUCAUCUACCAGCUGCCCGACAACGGUGUGCGAAUGGUGAUCAAGAAGCCGCUGGCUGGGGCUGUCUCUGGAUCGCACUGCUUCGUGUGGAUCCCGAGCAUCCGAGCAUUCCAGACUCAUCCCUUCACGAUUGUGUCCAACACGAAGGCCGGCGGUUUGGAGUUGAUCCUGAAUUCUUACAACGGCUUCACCAAAGCCGUCCACGACCGCGCCCACCGCGAGAUUGGAACGUCGGUGUGGGCAUCAGUGGACGGCCCCUACGGAGCCAUUCCAGACCCUAAGAACUUUGAUAAGGUGAUUCUGAUCGCAGGUGGCACCGGGGCCACGUUCACCUUUGGCUUGGCGACAAGCCUGCUCCAGCACCUGGAGUCAAACUCAGGGACACACGUAGACUUCAUCUGGGCCGCUAGAAAGAGAGAGAACUUGAGCUGGUUUGCGGAUCACAUCCAGUCAUUGUGCCAGCAUGGUCCCGGAAUGAACAUGAUGCUGCACGUCACCAGGGAGGGCUCGAAAGAGUCUCUAAGCGACUCCUCAGCACCGGCCCCUCUGGAGCACUCAGUCCUUGCCCCCCAGCAAACAGUGAAUAGGGGGGCUGACAGCGUCUCAUCCGAGGAUCCCAUGCCGGGCGCUACCGAUACCAUGGACGAAAAGACAGCUGCCAACGUCUCAGCAGAGCCUGCUGAGAAACACAGGCGCUCGCAGGACCUCGACAGUCUAUGCGACAUCAAGUACGACAAGCUCGAGGCAGCAAAGGUCAUUGCUGAGACCUUGGGGGCGAUCGAGCCUGGCCGGCGGGUGCUCAUUGCGUCGUGUGGCCCUCAAUCUCUGACUGACCUUGUACGGACCACUGCCGCUCAACACAUUGCCAGCGCGGAAAUUAGCAUAGAGGUUCACUGUGAAACUUUCGGCUGGUGA